AUGUCUCACCAGCACAACUUUGCUCCUCGAGCUCGACAGCACCAACACCAGCAAGCUCAGGGCGCCACGGGCCUCGAGGGAUCCUACAACGAGCCCAGCGCUAGCACCAGCACGAUGGAUCCCUUUGCGACCUCGAACGAGAACGACUACAACGACAUGAAUCCACUCCAGCAUAUUGGAAUACACGGAAACCGAGAUACUCUAGAUUGGCUCAUCAGCACGUACGGUGCGCCCUCGCAAACGAAUCUGGGACACUCUGCAUCCCCUUCGCAUACUAUUUCACCCUCGAUCUACAGCUCGCUAAACACGCCCGCCGAGCAUAUGGGAGCGUCACCGUAUCUUCCGACACCGGUGGACUAUCCUAGCCACCCGUUCCAUCAUGCAGCAGCCACCGCUGCUUCAGGCGGGAACCCCCCCUUGUUCGCACAGACAUCAUCCAGCCCACUGGUACACGCACAUCCAUCUCACUUUGUGUCUACCAGCACGAUUCCUCAGUGGCAUUCUCCCACCCAAGACUCAAUCCUCUCCUCCUCAGCCCCGGCUUCCAUGUCGCCUCUUCAUUACACUUCACACAACCAACAUCAACAGCAUCAACAGCCGCAGCCCCGAUUCGGUGGUGGCUCGGUGUCAGCCAACACUUCACCUUAUGGUCAACUCUAUCAACCUACACCCGCGCCAGGUCAAAUUGGGCCGUCUCUAUUCCAGAACAAUCCCCUGACGCCGCCGCCUCAUCCUCCCCUCACCAACGUGACCCACAGUCCUCUCAUCACGUCGACCAGCGGUAACGGUGGUGGACCACCUCCUCGACCCUUAACCAACCCUGCUUCCCUCCAAAUCCCCGGCGCCCAUCACCUCUCCACAGAACCCGUAAGCGCAUCAACGCCACUGGAUGCAAGCUCACU